AUGUUUGCAGUUCCUGUGAACAAUGUCUCGUCUCUUCUCAUUAUGAACAGUUCGUAUUCGCCACGUUCUAUCGAUCCUCAAAAACCCUUAUCUAUUAAAGUGGAUGAGCAGAACACGAAAGUUCAAAUACCAUAUCUUCCACCCUCACCGUCAAUGAUCGAUCGAGCACGGCCUGGGCGGGCAGUUCUUGUGAAUUCAACACUGGACUCAGUUCCCCCUAUUAUUUCCAGCCCUCUGCCCUCCUCUUCUCUUAUGCGGUUUAUCAAUAGUUCUGUGUUCUCCGUGAUUCAUACCCUUCACUAUCUUGAUGACAGCUCUGCGUCAGAAUAUCGGAGCUGCUUGGUUUUCAACUUGAAAUUAUCAAUGGAUCUUUAA